AUGGCGAGUGAAGCAGGUCCUGGCGAGGCGUCGGCACCUCCAGAAUGCUCAGAAAACCUCCGUGAGCCGGCAGGCGGCCUUCUGGUAGGAGAGCCGCUGGAGCCUCCGGGGGUGCAGUUCCCAGAGAGCUGUAGCGUAGGGGCAGUGGAACAGGUCACUGCUAUUGAGGAGCCGAGGGAAGAGCCGACCCAGGAGGUUGUGGUCAUCUGGGUGGUGGGGCUACAGGAAAUUGAGGUGCUGGAAGUGAGAGAGGCGCCAGACAUAGGGGAGGAGAUGGUGGUGGUGGAGGGGGAUGUAAUGGAGGUGGUGGAGGUAGUGGAAGAAGAGGAGGUGCAGGAGCAGGUGCAGGCGCAGGGGCAAAUGCAGGAGAGCCCGGAGGAGUGGCAGGAGCGUGGGCAGGCCCAGCCAGGGUUCGAUAACAUGCGGUCCCGGACAUCGCUGGAGGCGCUGCAGAUCCUUCAGUUAGAGCUGAGCACGAGGCUUAAGCCCCUCCUGGAUCGCAGAAGCGGCAUCAUCAGGGGCAUUCCUGGCUUCUGGGUGAAAACCAUUCUCAACCAUCCUCAGAUGUCAGCUAUGAUCAGUGACCAAGAUGUGGACAUACUCAACUACCUGAUCAAUUUGGAGGUAGAAGAACUUAGCCAUCCCAUGAAUAGCUGCAAGAUCACAUUUUUCUUAUGGAGAAACCCCUACUUCCAGAAUGAAGUGAUCACUAAGGUCUUUGAUGUUACCAUCACUGGGUAUUGGGAAUCUCAUUCCACUCCAGUCCAGUGGUUCCGUGAUCGUGAACAGGAGGCCUACAAUGCAGUCGCCACUACACUGGCCUUAUUCUCUGACCACAACUUGGCAAUGUCUAAUAGGAUUGCUGAGGUCAUCUGCGAGGACCUGUGGCUGAAUCCCCUGCAAUAUUACCCGAGGACAGAAGAUACCGGGCGAGGGAACAGAGAGGCAGACAGGUGA